GUAAGGACACCUUUGGACACCAUGCACGGUGUCACUCACGUGGAUAAACGAGCUAUUAUCCAAGCCUACCGCCAUCUAUAUCGACAAGGAUUGCAAGUGAUUAAUCACUCUACGCCAUCGCGUCAUGUACUUCUCCGGAUUUUGCGAUCCUCGUUUCGCUCGUCUUCCUGUAAUGACUUCGACCCGCAAAGGAUAGCCAACACAUUACGCUUUCUCCAGCGAGCUGCCGAUGUUGCGGGCUUGGAACAUAAGAUCGUGAAGAACUUGUUGAUGGUUAGAUACUGGGAGCAACCUCAAGUGAGAAAAGACUUGCGAGUACUCAAAGGGCUAGGGAUUGACCAAAAAGAUAUCAAUCUACGAAAGGAUGCCAAUGAGCAAUUCAAUCUGACCUUAAUGCUCUUGAAUGAGAGCUUAGGGACAUGCCUCAAAUAAUUGUAGGUCGUUUUAAGUUCUACAGUAUGCCGAACAUCGUUGUGAAUUUUGGAUAGUUACCUUUCUACCUGUGGUAUAUAGUAAAUAGUACAAUGAAGUAAAU